AUGCAUUAUGGAGGCAACGAUGGCGUGGAAGGCAGUGAGGAAAGUGAUGAGUCGGCGGUGCGUGGGACGCAGGUGGUGCGGUUCAUGGUGGUGGGGCAGGUGGUGUGUCUAUCACCCGACUGCACCGUGCAGCAUGCGCAGCUGAAGCCAGGCGUGACCAUCAAGGUGCUUCCCGUGAAGGCAGUGCGUGGAGAGGGCAAGAGAACAAGCAAGGACGGAGGUCAAGAUGGUGUGAGUGCUUCAGCUCCUCCGCCUGCUGCGGACGCUGACGUGGAUAUAUACGACGCACUCUACCUGGCUCGAGCAAGCCAGCAGGGGAUGGGCUGGCAGCAGGAGAAUGACCGUGUUACUUCCGUGCUGGUGCUGGUGCUGGGGGUGAAGGAGCGUGCUGACCUGCAGGAAGGGUUUGGGUUCUUCGUGCAGCACGUGCUGUCAGGCGGGCUUGAGAAGGCGCAUGCAGAGAGGGGGACGAGGGGAGGUGGGGAGCAGGCUGCUGAGAAAGCACGAGGGGAGGGAAAGGGAGGAAGCGGGAAGUUGCUUUGGCACAACAACAAGAAGGGUGUGGGAAGUGUGGGGCAGAUGGGGCAGAUGGGUCUGAUUGGGCAGAUGGGUCAGAUGUUGCAGACGGGGCAGAUGGGGCAGAUGAGGCAUGCAAUGGAGGUGGUGAGGCAGCGGGUGGAGAGCGGCGAGUGCAUGGGGCCGGAGGACUAUGCGCGCAUCAUGGACGAGCUGGGCAUGGACCUGGGCGACCUGCUGGGAGAGAUGAGCAUUGUGGGGGGGAAGGGAGGGAGUUCCGGUGCAGCCAUUGCGGUGAGAAGGGCAGCAGCAGCAGCAAAAGUAGCCAUGGCCGCAGUAGGGCAGAAGGCAAUAAUAUUCCCAGGGGCAUGUAUCAGCACCCUGCAGGAUGCAGCCAUUGAGGCGGCCAAGGAGAAACUGAGGAAGCGAGGGCUGGCGACAGGGAUGAAGGAGGGAGUGGCAGUAUCUCGAGCCAGCACUUCUCCUGGCAGCAGCGCUUCUGUCGCCAGCAGUGCGCUGUGUGAUGCUGGUAGCGGAGCAUUGGAUUGGGGCCGUGAGCCGGUCAACACAGACCCCACCGUUGGCCUCCUCACCUACCGGGUUGCCCGCAUCUUGCAGUGGCUUUGGAUCUAUGGCUCAGAUUUUAUCUUAGCCAAGAUGUGCUUCAAAGAAAACUCACAAGGUAAGGUCCUGCCCAUGCGCCACCCGCUUCGGGAACUUCCAAGCCUGCUGCUCCGGCUCGACACUGUUCUCCCCCCUUUGGAUGGAAGCAGCCCCCAUGCAGAAUGGGAGGAGUGGCGUGAGGGGGACGAAGCUGCUGUGAUAUUUCCCGACGACUCCAAUGCCAGAUGUUUUGGGCUGGGCAAGGUGGAUGGCAUGCAGGGUAGCAGGAACGGUGGGUGUGUGACAACUCAGUAUGGAAGCGUCCAACAGUCUCCCACGAGACAAGUGUCGUCAGCGCGAAGCAAGGAGUGCCGUCCAAUCAUGCGUUGCAGGGCAGAUGCGGACUUGCUGGUGGAGUUGGGCAGUUUGUUGUUAGAGGCACCCGCAUGCGCCCACUGCAGCCGCUGCAUCCGCACCUACAUCUCAUACGUCCCCUUCGUCACCUUCAUCGCCAACUUCGCCUAUCGCCCCGCCACUGUACUCCUCGACUGCUUUCUCUCCAUCUUCCAGCCCCACUCGCAGCAGUUUGAAAACCUUCUCGCCUGCGUGGGCCUGGAAGAUCCGCCUGACGGCCCUUGUGGCAAGCGGAGAAGUAGCAGCAGCAGCGUGCAGGUGCUACGGGAACAGGCAGAGCAGGGGGAAGGAAGGCAGGCAGUGGAGCCUGUGGGAAGGGCAAGGAGGGCGGGGAGGGUGAAGGGGAUUGCGGGGUUGUGUUGGAGGAGGUGCAAUUCUGGUCCAUGGUGGCAACACUGCCCGUUGCUGGUGUCGGGGGUGGCGGGGUGGCGUGCAGUGGCGGCGGAGGAGCGUGGUGCGAGUGCACGCAAGGACGCAAUGGCGGAGAUCUAUGAGCGCUCUCUGCUUCACGGGGAUGGGAUUCCCACUGCAUGUGGCAGCAGCAGCAGCAGCAUCCAUAGCAAUCAGGAGAGCAAGAAGGGGGAGGAGGCGGCCUAUAUGAGGGCAUGGCCGUGGGGAGUGAAUCUGGUGGCAUGUCUGCGAGAGAUGCUGCUGGGGGAGCCGUGUUACCGCCCUGCCUCCUGUGCUGCUCCAACCACCAUUGCUGCUGCUUGUGGGGGGCAUGUGUGCGCUGUUGUGGGGAGCAAGAAGAUUGAGGGUGGUGGUGUGAAGCUGAAGAACUGUUUUGCAUGUGGCAAGGUGGCGUAUUGCAGCAGAGAGUGCCAAAAGGCGCACCGGCCCUCCCACAAGCUCACAUGCUCCGGCAGGACCAGCACCAAGAAGAGUGGGACAACCAGUGGCAAGGCGGGUGACAAGAUGAGUGGCACGGUGAGUGGCACAGUGAGAGAAACGGUGAGUGGCACGGUGAGAGGCACGGUGAGUGGCACGGUGAGAGGCACGGUGAGUGGCAUUGUGAGUGGCAUUGUUAGUGGCAUUGUGAGUGGCAAGGUGAGUGGCAAGGUGAGUGGCACGGUGAGUGGCACGGUGAGAGGCACGGUGAGUGGCACGGUGAGUGGCAUGGUAAGUGGCACGUGGCAGGAUGGGGAUGAAGGCGACAGAGAGAGUGGAAGAAAGGGUGGUGAGAGGGUGGUGAGGGAGUGGUGGGAGGGUGGUGAGAAGGUGGUGAGAGGGUAG